AUGUCUGCCCACUCCCUCUCCACUGGCACGGCACAGAGACAGCCACAACCAAGACCCGUCUCGAGUUCUAACGCGUCCCAAAUACCCUCGACGUUUGAGUUUACCAAGAGGAAGCGUUGGGCCGAUCUCCUCAUUAACGAACUCUCAGAUGCCAUUAUAUUCGUCCUCUCCAGUGAUGCCAAAGUCUGGUUUUGCGGGAGAGCCAUCAUAGAGCUUCUGGGUUGGCGAGACACCGAACUCAUUGAUCGAAAUUUCUUGGAUUUUGUCAACGCAGAGGACCAGCAGACGUUUUAUGUGGCGUUCCAGGAUUCGCUCCAUACGCGUAAAGAGAUGAAUUCAUACAUCCGUCUGCAAUGCAAAAACGGAUUCGUAAUACAGCACAUACCUCAAUCACAAGUGCUAUUCGAGCUAAAAGGUUACCCGCUAUAUCUGGAAAAUGAAACUUCUCCUCGUUGUUUCCUUGCUGUGGCCAAACCUUAUCCAAGUCGCAACGUCGCUAUGCUCAACACAUUCUUGGAGCUCAAGAUUGAAAAUGAGCGCUUGCAACGACGGCUUGCGGAACUGCGAGUUCGCACAUCCUCUCCCACAAUCCCCACAGCUGGGAGUUCAAAGUCGGUUGGGUAUACCUCCCACGGAAUGCCCGCUACCGGCGGGGGCGCCACUAAUGUAUCGAGGUCGUUACCCCCAACCAACCAGAUAAGAGUUGCUGGAUACGAUCCACACAGUACGCACUCGCUUCGAGGACAGUAUUCGUCUUCUGGAACACAGCCAGCCGAGGACGCAAGCGAUGACACGUCAAGGCGCAAAAAGAUGCGCAAGAUGCAUACAACAGAGCAAUACGUUUGCGUGACAUGUGGGAGAACGGACUCGCCAGAAUGGCGAAAGGGUCCCCAAGGACCUAAGACGCUAUGCAACGCAUGUGGACUGCGGUGGGCCAAGGAAAUCCGUAAUAAAGCUGAUGAAAACUCGAGUGCGGUGGGAACAAGUGGUGGGUGUGUGUGA